AUGGAUAAUUCUGAUACAAUUAAUCCCGGUAAUACUCAUCGAAUGUGCCUGACCCUGUCGUGCAAGAAAGGCACUGAAAAGUGUAAUGUAAACCUGAAAACCCGUAAAAAGUGUCCCAAUUGUCGGCUUAACAAGUGUUUAGCCAUAGGAAUGAAAAAAUAUCAAGGUAAUAGAUUUACCGAGCUCAUUAUGGCCAUGGAUUUAAUUAAAGUAGUGCCCGCCAAAUAUAUUUCCGAGUUUGUGUUGCUAAAGCAUGGUGCGCUGGAAUUACAUUAUUUACGGUGUUGUACCUAUUGGAACUACGACAAACAAAGUUGGGUUGUAAGCAUGUUAAUGUAUAAGGAUGACCACAAUGCCAUGAAUUUGAGCAUGGACUUUGUACAGUCGAUUCAGCCAGAUAAUAAAACACACGCUUUGUUCAGAGAUUAUGUGAAUGACAUGUUUAUCGAGAUUAAUCAUGAUUUUAACAUCAUUAAUUUAAUGACCGCUAUUAUUAUGUUCAACCCCUACCGGAAAGGGCUUAAGUACAAACACGUUGUUAAAUUACAGCAACAGAUUUACAUGCAUUUACUCCGACGGUAUCUACUCGUGAAAUAUCAGUGCGAGGGGAAGGCCAGUGAUAAAUACCGGCGCCUUAUGAAUACGUUAACCGAUUUAUAUUAUUUGGAAAUGUCGUACAAACAGAUCACCCUGAACAGGGUCGAGGGAGUGAUUCUGGACAAUACCCCCGUUGGUGAGCACCUCCCCUGCGAUCAACUUAAGGGUCGAGUAAGACCAUUCAGGUUAUCCGCCACACGAGCCGAUGCCUACAAGUCAUACAUCAUAUGA